AUCCUCCUUCUGUUUCUCAAAUCAGCUUGGUGUCACAUGUUGUCGUAGUACCUGAUUGUCAAUUAGAAGUAAAGGACUAACUGUUUUCUUUCAUAAAGCCGUUUCAAAUAGACUCACCAUAUGAGAGGAUGGCCCCACCUUUGGCAAGAUCUGCUCCAGGUGAGCUCAACCAUUGGUGGAGCCAGCUUAGGUUCCGCCUCCAGAACAGGAAGGGGUGGAAAGAGACGCUGGAUGAAACUUUUUUGUUGCAGAACAAAAGGACAAAUGACAUCCCUCUCUUCUUUGCGGCCAAAGAGAACAGUGCAGGUUGCAUUAAGAAACUUCUGGACUGUGCAUCCACUAACAUCUUUGAGAGAGGUGCUCUGGGGGAGACAGCGCUGCAUGUGGCAGUUCUGAAUGAUAACAUGGAUGCUGCCCUAGCUCUGAUGGACGGAGCACCUGAACUCAUCAAUGAGCCCAUGACCUCUGACCUCUUCCUUGGCAUGACACCUCUCCACAUUGCUGUGGUGAAUCAGAACAUUAACCUGGUCCGCAGUCUGAUUGGUAAAGGGGCGGAUGUGGCCACACCCAGAGUCACAGGCCUGUACUUCAGGAAGAGAAGAGGAGGUCUGCUCUACUAUGGUGAGCACAUCCUGGAAUUUGCGGCCUGUGUGGGGAAUCAGGACAUUAUCUCCAUGGUGAUCAACGCAGGAGCCAGCACCAGGGCCCAGGACUCCAUUGGUAACACAGUGCUCCAUAUUCUGGUCCUGCAGCCCAAUAAAACUUUAGCAUGUCUGGCGUUGGAUCUGUUGUUGGCCCACGACGUUGAGCUGGACCAGACUGUGCCACUGGACAUGGUGCCCAACUAUCGUGGCUUAACGCCCUUCAAACUAGCUGCCAAGGAGGGCAACCUUGUGGCCUUCCAGCACCUGGUCAACCGGAGGCGAGUCGUCCAGUGGAACCUGGGACCACUGACUUCUAACCUCUAUGACCUCACAGAGAUCGACUCCUUGGUCGCCGACGACAACCUCUCUGUGCUGGAGCUCAUCGUGGGCAGCCAGAGGAGAGAGGCAAGAAGGAUACUGGAAGUGACUCCUGUUAGGCAAUUGGUCAGUCUCAAGUGGAACCUCUAUGGAAAACACUACUUUAGAUUGUUGCUGCUGCUGUACCUCCUGUACAUUGGGACCUUCACACUGUGUUGUGUGUAUCGCCCUCUAAAGGACGCUCCUGAGAAUUACACUGUAUCUGACAUGGACAAAACCAUCCGCGUGGAGAAAACUCUGAAGGAGAGUUAUGUGACCUAUGGGGACAAUUUACGUCUGGCAGGAGAGAUGAUCAGUGUCCUGGGGGCCCUGGUUAUUCUGCUACUGGAGAUCCCAGAUAUGCUGAGAGUGGGGGCCAAGCAGUACUUUGGACAGACGGCCCUGGGGGGACCCUUCCAUGUCAUUCUUAUUGCCUAUGCGUUCCUGGUGGUGCUGCUGUGUGUGUUCAGGGUCAGUGGGGUGCAGGGGGAGGCAGUUGUCAUGGCUGUGUGUCUGGUGCUGGGCUGGAGCAACGUCAUGUUCUUCGCCCGAGGCUUUCAGAUGCUGGGGCCUUACGUCAUCAUGAUACAGAAGAUUAUAUUUGGAGACCUGACCAAGUUCAUGUGGCUGAGCUUCAUCGUGCUCAUGGGGUUUUCUACCUCCCUGUGGAUGGUGUACAUGACUCAGGACCCAGACUCUCUACCUGCGUACCGCUCUUUCCCCAUCACUCUGUUCUCCCAGUUUGAGCUGAGUGUGGGUCUGAUAGACCUGCCAGUGGACCACACCAUCACAACGCCCCCUAUUGUCCAUGUGCUGCACUGUACCUUCUCUGUGGCCUGCAUGCUGCUGCUCAACCUGCUCAUAGCCAUGAUGAUUGAUACACAACAGAGAGUUGCCCAGGAGAGGGACGAGCUCUGGAGGAUACAGGUGGUGGCCACUACCCUGAUGUUGGAGAGGAGGUUUCCCCGCUGCCUGUGGCCCCGGCUGGGGGUGUGUGGACUGCUCUACGGCCUGGGGGAGCGUUGGUACCUCCGGGUUGAGGAUCACAACGACCCACUGGUGCAAAAGAUGCGUCGCUACGUGCAAGCCUUCUCUAAGGAUGAGGACCAGAGCAAGGAGCGGGAGGAGAUGGAGAACACUGACACGUCAAAAGGACCUGGAAACCUGGCAUUCUGGCAGAUGAUUCACCACAACUCUCUGGGUUUAGACAUGGAACAGGAAGAGGAUGACCAGGAAGUAAGAUAGAUCUGAGGUUUAAGACAGUAAAACAGAUCAUUAUAUUGUUAUUAUAUAGAGUAUGUGUGAUGCAAGUGUCAUGACGUUGGCCUCUUUGGGUAUAGCAAGUCCCAUCCCCCUCUCCCUGUCUCCCCCUUUCCUCUUUCAACUAGGUUGCUGUGGUCAGAGAGACUUUGUAAAUUCCUAAGGAUCUCCUCAUGGACAAACAGUAUUGUUAGGAGAAUUAUGAUUAAAUGACUGAACAAAUCAUUUUAAAUGGAACUGUAACUAAGUAAACUUAUACUCUGUUUUAUUAUAUCUGAUUAACAAUAUGAUUUCAUAAGAAGGGAUUGUGUGACACGGACAAGGAGUAAUUAAAGUUAAUGAACACCAUUCCAACUAGGAAGAAAGGAAUGGUUUGUGGAUUAAGUAAACAGAUAAGGUAGUUAACCUAUGGUUGAACCGACGAAACUGAGCUCUGGGGUGUUUUAGAUAAGGCAGUGAAUGCAUUCCUAGGUUUUCUGUUAAUUAGAACUGUCAGCUAAGUGGUGAUCGAUAAUGGUGAGGAGUCAAAAGUUAAUUCAGUUUUGUUGUGUGUCCUGUGUAUGUGCUAGGGGGUCAGAAUGAACUUUGAAUGAACUUUUAAAGUUCCCUUUGUCCCGGGCUGGAGGAGGAGAUUCAUUUUUUAAGCAAUGAAAUGACGUCAUGUUAUUGUAUAUAAACUGUUGCUCGUGGUAAAGUGGCAGCGUGCUCCGAGAAUAAAUUCUGUUACCUAUUAUUGAAAAGACUGGUCUCCGUCUAUUUUAUGCAAACACGAAUCUUACAAAUUCUCAUAAAAUAGAUUAAGGGAAUUCAAUUAAUGAAAACAUAUUGGAAUAACUAAAUUACAGUAACAAGUAUAGAGAGAGUAAAUUUUCAUAGAGGACAAAGGAAAUCCUUCCACCUCAGAAGGAUAACAGAACUUGAGGUACAAACAAAUUUCAUGUUCUUGAGAAAGUAUAAAAGAUCGAUGAAGAAUCCAGCUACGAACUGGUCCGUUUGUCACAACUUGGGGAAGCUCAUGGGAGACGGUGUGGCCACAUUACCAUAACACUGUUUAUAUAAUAGCCUCAGAUAUGAGGUUUACAUCUUAUUGUUGUAUAAGAUGAAUGAGUGAGUAUGAUACUGUUUGUAUAAUUGUGUAAUAUGAUUUUGGACUGUUUAAUGAAGAAAAAUACAAUUCCCUUUUGCUUUAAACUAAAUCAGAAGACCGCCCCUGAGCCCAGUUAGGGUCAGGCCUCCUCGGACAGCUCUUUUUUGGCCCUUCCGAAUAAAACCCCCACUCGGGUUUUCGAUCAGCAGACGGAGCUUACCUCAGUUACGAGAUGGCUAAAGGUUGCAGACCAUGUUUUUCUCCAUUAGGGGAGACAAAGGUUGUAGACCAUUGCUGAAUCUUUUAACCUCUUGCUCCUACCUGACACGCAGGCGUCCCAUCUAGACAUCUGGAAAUGCAAAUGCGCUACGCUAAAUGCUAAUAGUACUAGUUAAAACUCAAACGUUCAUUAAAAUACACAUGCAGGGUAUUGAAUUAAAGCUACACUCAUUGUGAAUCCAGGCAACAAGUCAGAUUUUUAAAAUGCUUUUCGGCGAAAGCAUGAGAAGCUAUUAUCUGAUAGCAUGUAACACCCCAAAAGAACCGCAGGGGACGUAAACAAAAUAAUUAGCAUAGUCGUCGCUACACAAACCGCACAAAUAAAAUCUAAAACAUUCAUUACCUUUGACCAUCUUCUUUGUUGGCACUCCUAGAUGUCCCAUAAUCACUAUUGGGUCUUUUUUUCGAUUAAAUCGUCCAUAUAUAGCCUAGAUAUCAAUCUAUGAAGACUGUGUGAUAAACGAAAAAAAUAGCGUCUUAUAACGUAACGUCAUUUUUUUAAAUUAAAAAAGUUGACAAUAAACUUUCACAAAACACUUCGAAAUACUUUUGUAAUGCAACUUUAGGUAUUAGUACACGUUAAUAAGCGAUCAAAUUGAUCACGAGGCGAUGUAUAUUCUUUAGCUGUCCGUCUGGAAAUAAUGUCCGGGUAAAUCUCAACCAAAAUAUCCGGUCGGAGACCUGAACAAAUGGCUUGUCUCUUCUUCGUUUGACCAAGAAACAAAACCUAGGCAAAUGACAAGACUGUUUACAUCGUGUGGAAGCUGUAGGUAUUGCAACCUCAGCCCCAUUUAUUGUGGUUCGCCUUUAUCAAUGGGUUGAAGUGGCGGAUGGAUAUAUAUUUCCAUUUUCAGUGAUCAGAUUUUCCUGCGCUUUUCGAUGAAACUCACGUUCUGUUAUAGUCACAGCUGUGAUUUAACCAGUUUUAAACUUCUGAGUGUUUUCUAUCCACACAUACUAAUCAUAUGCAUAUACUAUAUUCCUGGCAUGAGCAGCAGGGCGCUGAAAUGUUGCGCGAUUUUUAACAGAAUGUUCGAAAAAGUAGGGGGUAGGAGUAACAGGUUAACCAUACCACAUGGUUAAACUCUUAGACUAUCGAUACCGACAGAAUAAGAAUAAGUCUUUGAUAUUAAUUACUAGUCUGCAGCUAGGAAUUCGGUAUCAUUGAACGCGAAGAACGACAACCGCCGAAACAUCCAUCCAUAACGAAACGAAUGAAUGUCACUCAGAGCUAUCCACUAUAACCACGACACAGAGAG